AUGACCUGUCGCAACGCUGCGCAAGGCGAGGUCGCAAGGCAACACGUCGAACAAGCAGCCGGAAUCACCGGUCAGGGAAAGGUCCAGAUCCGCGGGCUGGAUAUGAGUCGUGCGGGUAUCAUCAAUGCUGAGUUUGUGGAGAGCCCGGAAGGAUGGUUGAGGAACGGUACCGCCACCUCGUGUUCAUCGCCUCCAGAGACCACCUCGAUCCGGAUAUCACAGCGUGGCCGGACUGGGCAGCGAAGGAAGGGCUCUUGCAUCAUUUCAGCAGCAAGGGAGAAUUGGCGAUCGCGGGAGACGCAGCCCAAUUAUGCCGUCAGCAAGCCGACGCUGAUGUACGUGGUUGAGCAGAUAUGCAAGCAAGCAGCGGGAGCAGACGGAACUGUGCAAGUCAUCGUAAACAGCGUCUGCCCUGGCCGCGUAUACACCAGCAUUGCCCGGUCCAUCGUCGAGCAUUCGAAACUGAUGCAGCUCCUGGUUCCCUGGUAUCUAGGCAGCCUAGGAAAGUCAGCGGACUACGGGGCAAGGUUCUAUGUUACUGCUGCAAUGACAACAAAGGAGGAACAUGGGAAAUACGUGCAAUCGCUUUUCACGGAUGAAGAGUACCACAGGCUCGCUAUCGCGAAUAUGCAGAGUGAUACUGCGAAGAAGGUCAAGGCGUUGGUUUGGAUGAAUUGA